AUGUGGAUCGUCAACUGGUUCUGGGACGUUCUUGCGUCUCUUGGUCUGCUAAACAAGCAUGCCAAACUUCUUUUCCUUGGGCUUGACAAUGCCGGAAAAACGACGCUAUUGCACAUGUUGAAGAAUGACCGGGUUGCUGUCCUUCAGCCAACAUUGCACCCUACAUCCGAGGAACUCGCCAUUGGAAACUGCAGAUUUACAACUUUUGAUCUUGGCGGUCACCAGCAGGCUCGUCGUCUCUGGAAAGACUACUUCCCCGAGGUCUCUGGUAUUGUGUUCCUUGUCGAUGCUAAGGAUCGCGAGCGGUUGCUCGAGAGCAAGGCCGAGCUCGAUGCGCUGCUCUCCAUGGAGGAGCUUGCCAAGGUGCCGUUUUUGAUUCUCGGCAACAAGAUUGACCACCCGGACGCCGUCAGCGAGGACGAGUUGAGACACCACCUCGGCCUGUACCAGACCACCGGCAAGGGCAAGAUUCCGUUGGAGGGCAUCCGGCCCAUUGAGGUGUUUAUGUGCAGUGUAGUCAUGAGACAAGGUUAUGGCGAGGGCUUCCGAUGGAUCUCUCAGUACGUCUAA